AUGGACAAGAUGGUGCCCAGCUCUGCCUGCGCGCUCUUCCUUCUGCUGCUGCUCCUCGCCAGCCCCGAGUCUCGGGCUUCCCAGGUCAGUGUCCCGCCUCUCUCCUCUCCCGCUCGCGGGACCGGGGCUGGCCACAUUCCACUCGGAUGCUUGGGUGGGGGGCUUGGAGCAUUCAUGGGCUGGGCUUUAGGUGUUGGAAGGGAGGCGCAAACUCCCCCACCUAUCACCUCAGAUGCUUCUCGGGCCAGGCGUCUGGGAGGACUCGGCUUGUGUCCCACGGGACGCCUAGACCCGCCGAGCAGUUUGUGCCAGCGCGUUGGUUCUCCGGCGGCGGAGAGGCUCGGCGUUAGAAUCGCAGCUCCACACGUCACAACCUCCCCCCUCCUUCCUGCCUACCUGCACUGUGCACUGGACAUCACAUCCCCGAGCAGCACAGGCAUGGCCUACUGGAACCUGCCCAGCACUGAUUCCCAGCCCGCCCUCUUGGCCCUAAACUGCCUCAACAAACAGCAGCUCCUCACAGCCAUCCGACAGCUGCAGCAGCUGCUGAAGGGCCAGGAGACCCGCUUCACCGAGGGCAUCCGUAACAUGAAGAGCCGGCUGGCCGCGCUACAGAAUUCUGUGAGCAGAGCGACCCCAGACACUCCUCCAGUUUCCUGCCCUGCUCUGAAUGCCCCUCUAGACGGCAGAAAGUUUGGAAGCAAGUACUUAGUGAAUCACGAAGUCCAUUUUACCUGCAACCCUGGAUUCCAACUGAUCGGGCCCAGCAGUGUAGUGUGCCUGCCCAACGGCACCUGGACUGGGGAGCAGCCCCAAUGCAGAGAUAUCAGUGAAUGCUCCAGCCAGCCUUGCCAAAAUGGCGGGACGUGUGUAGAAGGAGUCAACCAAUACAGAUGCAUUUGUCCACCAGGAAGGACUGGGAGCCGCUGUCAGCAUCAGGCCCAGACUGCGACCCCCGAGGGCCGCGUGGCCGGCGACCCCGCCUUCAGCCGUGCGCCCCGGUGCGCGCAGGUGGAGCGGGCGCAGCACUGCAGCUGCGAAGCAGGAUUCCACCUGAGCGGCGCCGCCACGGACGACAGCAUCUGCCACGAUGUGAAUGAGUGCGAGCUCUACAGGCAGGAGGGGCGCCCCCGGCUCUGCAUGCACGCCUGCGUGAACACCCCGGGCUCCUACCGCUGUGCCUGCCCCAGCGGAUACCGCUCCCUGGCCGACGGGAAGAGCUGUGAGGAUGUCAAUGAGUGUGUGACUUCACAGCACAUGUGCCCCCAGGAAACUAUGUGCAUCAACACCGGUGGAGGCUUCCAGUGUGUCAGCCCGGAGUGUCCCGAGGGCAGUGGCAAUGUGAGCUAUGUGAAGACAUCUGCAUUCCAGUGUGAGCGAAACCCCUGCCCCAUGGACAGCAGACCCUGCCGCAAUAUGCCCAAGACCAUCUCCUUCCAUUACCUCUCUCUACCCUCCAAUCUGAAGACUCCCAUCACACUCUUCCGCAUGGCCACAGCCUCAGCACCUGGCCGGCCUGGACCCAACAGCCUGCGGUUUGGGAUCGUGGGUGGAAACAGCCGAGGCCACUUUGUGAUGCAGCGCUCAGACCGGCAGACGGGGGAGCUGAUCCUUGUCCAGACCCUGGAGGGACCUCAGACCCUGGAGGUGGACGUUGACAUGUCUGAAUACCUGGACCGCUCCUUCCAGGCAAACCAUGUGUCUAAGGUCACCAUCUUUGUAUCCCCGUAUGACUUCUAAGGGUGCGGUGGGAGCACCGGGGGGCUGAAGAUGUGUGCUUAUUUCUCUCCCCCAAAGACUCUGCUGUGGGUGCUAGUAGCAACAGACAUCUCUCCUCUCACGGCCUUGCCCCUGCCCACUUGCCUUUUAACCCAAGCUUCGAGGGCACAUGGCACACUGUCCCAUGGAGCACCACAGAAAGGCAGCAACAAACCCCAAACUGCGGCCAUCUCAUGUUUUCUGUUUUAAGGCCUUUCCCCUAGGUUAUACACUAACUUUCUGAAAUGUUUUUCUCAGGGGAUGGGCAGCUUUUCAAAAUGCUGUGGGAAUGGCAUUGUGGGCAUGGACUCAUGGUGUGUUUGUGAGAUGACUGUCAACCAUCCUGUAAAGCAUUGUUCUUAUCAAGCUUCGUUAUGAAAUGGUUCUGGUUAUGCAGUCCCCUCCCAUGACCCAGCAUGUUCCUGUCUGCAUUCCCCGGUGGCAUGCCUGCCAGUCUUCUCAGAGAGUCAUGUGAGGGCCUGGAGCCCCACACAGAUUUUUCCAGACCAAGGAACCAACAUUAAAGUGUAGAUUCUGCCUGAAUCACUCCUCUUUCGAGAAAUCAUAUCUCAAAACAUAGCCUGGUGUUGUAACUGAGGAAUAAGUCUGUUUCUCCUC